AUGAGCUCACGCGAGAGAGAUUCUCCGAGCGAGUCAGAGGGUAUUUGGCAUCCUGCCCGUGAAUGGCUCGAAGAAGAUGAGCUGGACACCGACUUCCACCCCGCACUAGAAACGUCAGAGGAUGACGAAUGGGAAGACGACAUGCCAAAUGAGGACGAAGAACUGAACCUUGGAGAUGCAGAUGACCCCCCUCACAUCAAUAUCGGAAACAUACAGAUCGAGCUUACAGCAGACGAUGCUGGGGGCGGGGGACCGGGGGACCCAAAUGGAGGACAUACGAGAAUCCCAGCUUCACGACUAUUCGAGUUACUUGCGUCCAGCGGUUUACAAGACAUUCUCAGUUCUAAUGGUUGGCCUGUCCCAUUAGAGGAUCAAGAGCAACUGGAGAUGGAAAUGGAAGAAGAGGAGGAUAGCGAUGAGGAUUAUGUGCCCAUAUUCCGAAACCGCCUUAGGGCGAGACGGCUCGGACAACCGGCGAAACUCCCCCAGUUCCCAAUCCAGAGGGCGUGA